AAAAACAUAACUAAUCCAAAUUAAUAUUUAUUUCCGACUAACAUAUUUCCGGCGAGCGAGUGUGUGGCGUCUGCCAUUAUCACCGGCGAAGCAAACGUGACAUGCUCAUUGAUGACAGUUUUAAAAUCUUCAUUAUUUCUAAGACACAGUUUCCAGCUAUGUCCCACACAAUUCUCCAUGGAACCACAUUCAUUGCAUUACAAACUCACUCUUGCAUUGAAAUCAUGCAAAAACAUCUCCGAAGUUCGUCAAAUUCAUUGCUACAUGAUUAAAACCUCUCUCACCAACGUUCCUUUUACUCUCAGCAAGCUUCUCGCUGCUUCCAUUUUAGACAUGGAUUAUGCAUCCUCCAUUUGCAGUUAUAUCCAAAACCCUAAUCUUUUCAUGUUCAAUACAAUGCUUAGAGGUUAUUCUAUUAGCAAUUUUUCAAAUAAAGCUUUUCCCAUUUUUAAUGAACUCAGGAAUCGUGGAAUUGAACUUGACCAAUUUUCUUUCGUAACGGUGCUUAAAGCUUGUGGUCGAAGUUUAGAGGUUAGGUUUGGUCAAGGGAUUCAUGGGAUUUCUGUGAAGUCAGGGAAUAGAAUGUUUGUUGAUGUGAACAAUACCCUUUUGCAUUUCUAUAGUGUUUGUAGAAGAAUUGAAGAUGCACAUAAGGUGUUUGAUGAAUUUAUUGAGAGAAAUGAUGUGGUGUCUUGGAACAUUUUGAUGGGUGGGUGUCUUUUUGUUUCGAAGUAUAGUUUGGUUUUUGAGUUAUUCUUGAAGAUGUGCUUUGGUGGGAUUAAAGCUAGUGUGGCAACUAUGUUGAGUCUUUUGUCUGCAGCUGGUGAUAUAGGGAACUUUGUUUUGGGGAAGUCUCUUCAUGGUUACUGUCUCCGAAUCGGAUUUUGUUCUAAUUUAAAUGUUGUUACUGCAUUGAUUGAUAUGUAUGCAAAAACGGGUUGUAUCUAUUUGGCGCGAAAAGUUUUCGAUGGCCUAGAGGAAAAGGAUGUUGUCUUAUGGAACUGUUUAAUAGGAAACUAUGCAAAGAAUAGCCUGGUUGAAGAUGCAGUGGUCUUAUUACAGAAAAUGAGACAUGAGGGAGUUAAACCGAAUUCUUCUACCUUUGUGGGGCUUCUUUCAGAUUGGCCUGCAUCUGGAUCUAUGCAGGUAGUUCGUUACGUUAUUAGUUUGAUCGAAGAGGAGAAACUAGAACUGGAUGUGGUUCUUGGAACAGCUCUUGUUGAUGUGUAUGCUAAAUGUGGCUUUCUAGAUGAGGCCAUGAACAUAUUUGAGAAGAUGGGUGAUAAAGAUGUGAAAUCUUGGACAGCCAUGAUUUCAGGUUAUGGAAUUCAUGGGCAGCCAGUUAAUGCCAUACAUCUUUUCAAAAGGAUGGAGAAUGAAGGGUUUAGACCUAAUGAAGUUACGUUUUUGGCAAUUCUUACUGCUUGUAGUCAUGGAGGACUUGUUAUUGAGGGGAUGGAUAUUUUUAAGCGCAUGGUUCAGGAACAUGGAUUUUCACCACGGGUUGAGCAUUAUGGAUGUCUUAUUGAAGCACUUGAGCUAAUCAAGAGCUUGCCAAUUAAGGGUGAUGCUACUGCAUGGCGGACACUGCUUGCUGCUUGCCGAGUCCACGGAGAUGUUAAAUUGGGGGAAUGUGUGAAAGAUGUGUUGAACAACAUUUAUACAGCUCAUCCUACAGAUUCCAUCCUCAUUUCCAGCACUUAUGCAGUUGCUGGAAGAAUCUCAGAUCUUACAAAAGUGCAAGAAAUGAAGCAAAAAAAUGUUACUUUAGGCAUUUAUGGGGUGCAUGAAACAGAGGGUGAAAGUACGGUAAAGGAGGCUGGGUUCAGCAGAGUUGAAAUUGAUACUUAGGGAUGGGAACACUAAAGGUUUAUGAAGAAGUGUUGUCUCUGUUGCACAAAGUGGCAGCUUCUGCUGUAGACAAAAGUUCCACAUGAAAUGUCAGAACAUAGCCGGUCAUCCCUCAUGACCUUUAGGAAGAAAACACGGUGCACACAAUUUUGAUAUUUAUUGCUCAAGUUGGUUCAAUCUCUGCUUGUGUGGAAUGGUUUGUGCUUGCCCAGUUUGAUUGAAUCGAUUUAUCGUGGUGCAUCAAAAUUAAAUGAAGCCUUCAAUAAAACCCAGUGAGGGUAAAAUUUUGAGCCCUCAGAGUCUCUUGCGGCUAGUGAAAGGGGGGAUAUCCCUAUACUGUUUACAUGAUUGAGCUCUUAAUAGUUUGAAUUGAUAUUGUCUCUUGAGUUCAGCCAGGGAUAUAAAUUGAGUUUUAAAGUGUUACAAUCAAGAUGCACUCUAUUCAAAUUUAGAGAUUGCAUUGAUAUCUUUGUAUAACCCGAUAGUUAAUUAGUUAACUAGUUAGUUGGGGUUGAGAUAAUUAAAGAAAUAAAGUAUGGUGCCUGUAAAUAAGAAGAGUUGAGAGGGACUAGUGAGUGAUUUGUGAGAGAGCUGUGUUCUUAGGGUAGUUUAGAGAUAUUGAAGUUCUGCAUUGUUGUUCUACAUUAAGGGGGAUUUUCUCUAUUCUUUCUAAUAAGAUAACAUGUUCUUAUCAAUAUAUUUGUUGAAGAUAGGGUUUAGCUUAUAGUCAGGAUGAACUAAGCUCCUAUAACUUUUUUAUUUUAUUAUUAACUCAAAUGAAGGUUCUUUCAUUCAGAUGUA